AGCACCUAACCUUGCGAAAAAUCGACUAUAUAUUGCCAUUAUUUAUUAAAUUGAUCCUAUCCUGUCAAUUUUAUUUGUGUUUUUGGUUCUGAAAUAUCCCAUGUGCAAAAGAACUAUUGGUUAUUUUGUGGAUGUUAAUAUGUAUUCAGGCACUAGCAGUAGCGAUUCCAAUGUUUCUGAUUCCGAUGCAAGUGUCGAGGAGCUCGUAGGGAGCCACGAAGAAAGCGAAAUCUUAGAUGACGCAGUAGAAGAUGAAGACGAAGUUAUAAAGGCAAUAAAAAAAGAACGCGAUAAGAAACGCGAUCAUCCUCCUGUUAUUCAUUGUGAGGAUUUUGUUAUGGAUUUUUCUUUCCACCCGUUCGAAAAUAUGUUGGCCGUCGGCUCCAUCGUCGGGGACGUCAUCCUCUAUAAAUAUUCGAACGAAGAAAAUUCUGUUUUGCAAACCUUGGAACUACAUACAAAAGCAUGUAGAGAUGUCGAAUUUAGUCAUGAUGGAAAAACUCUUUUUUCCACAUCAAAAGAUAGGUCAAUAAUGUUAACCGACGUGCAGACAGGAGGUCUUAUACGGUUUUAUGAUAAUUCCCAUGAAGUGGCUCUAUAUUGUCUUCGCGUGGUAGACGAAAAUAUGUUUGCAACAGGAGAUGAUGAUGGAGAAGUCAAAAUCUGGGAUUUGAGGCAAAAGUCAGAUAAACCAAUAUUUUCAACAAAAAAAAAUGAAGACUAUAUCAGUGAUAUAGUAGCGGACGCAGCACAUAAAUUCUUGCUAUGUUCGAGUGGAGAUGGAUCUUUAACAACUAUUGAUCUGGAAAAUAGAAAAGUGCACAUGCUUUCAGAAGAAUACGAAGAGGAACUCACUUGUCUCGGAUUAUUCAGGAAUGGAACAAAAUUGUUGGCGGGUUCUUCAAAAGGCAAGUUGUACCUUUACAACUGGAACGAAUUUGGGUUGCAUAGCGAUGCUUUUCCCGGCCCCAAACAUGCGAUAAACGGCUUAAUUCCGAUCACGGAAAAUAUCGUAGUUACGGCGUGCGAAGAUGGAAUUUUACGAGCAACCCACCUUUUUCCGCAUAGACAUUUAGGUGUCGUGGGGCAGCACGACAUGUCGAUUGAGAACGUCGAUAUAUGUAAUAACGGGAUGUUCAUAGCGUCUAGUAGUCAUGAUAACGAUAUAAAAUUUUGGAAUAUACAAUAUUUCGAAGAUUUUGAGAGGGUCAGUCACAAGCACAAGAAACACGAGACGAAACAAGACCUCGUUAAGCAUUUACCUUCAUCGAAAGUGAAAACGGCAGAUAGUUUUUUUAAUGAUCUGUCCUAGAUGCGAGGGUUUAACCGCUAUGGUAUGAAUUGGGGCCGUGUGACAGUGAUUUCAACAUUUUCAUUUCGCUAUCACAAUUUCACAGUCACUAAGAUUCAGAAAUUAAACUUCUUAUGUUAUUCACAAACAUUGGUAUAUUUGUUUAUGCUAAUGGAUCAAAAUAAUGGAAAAGUUUCUUUCAUUUUAGAAAUAUUUUUUAUUUUAAUUGUGUGAUUUGUAGUUACUAGCCAAGCGAAAACUCUGUAAAAAAAAAUGAAUAAAUUUGAAAUUUGACAUAUGAAACAAUCUAACAGCACAUCCGGUA